AUGAGUUCCCGGUUUGCAAGAAGUGAUGUCAACUCGAAUCAUAUUAGGAAAAGAAACCAUUCUCCAGAUCCGAUAGGAAUUGAUAAUUACAAAAGAAAAAGACUGAUUAUAGACUUAGAAAAUUUAUCUCUAGAUGAGACAGGCCCCAAAAACGCACGCACAGACGAUAGUAACCUUGUUCAUAACAACAUAGCAUUCUCUGAUGCCAUCCACGACAAGGCUCUGAAAGACAUCAUCAAAUCCUCAACAGGCAAUAAUCAUCACAGUGGGUCGAUAUAUGACAAGAUUUGGGAACGCCUAAGAGAGGAGAGACUACAAGUUAUAAAAUGGGCUGACUACAAGGAAGUUGCUUAUUCGAAUUGGUGGAGGUGGUUUCAUAAUCAGUUUGCCCCAAAGCCCACCUAUGAUGGAGAGGCUGACACCGAUGUUGAUAUGUUGGUCAUAGAUACUGACGUGGAUAUGGAUGAGUAA